AUGGCUUCGAUCGAUUUUCUUGUCGAAGAAUGGCUUCGUUUGGAUAGGAAUCCGAAAACACGAAGCGAGAUUGAAAGUUUAAGGGGUAAUGUUGAAGAAUUGGAAAAACGCCUUCGUAAUCGAAUUUCGUUUGGCACCGCUGGCUUGAGAUCAAGUAUGCAAGCUGGAUUUUCAAGGAUGAACGAUCUUACGGUGAUUCAGGCCACACAGGGUCUCUGUAUGUAUCUUCUGGAAACAAUACCAAAAUCAAGAGAUCGGGGUAUCGUAAUAGGCUAUGACCAUAGGCAUAAUUCAGAGAAUUUUGCAAAAUUAAGCGCAGCAGUGUUCUUGUCGAAAGAUUUCAAAGUUUAUUUUUACCGUGGCGUGGUGCAUACACCUUUAGUGCCGUACGGAGUUAAGAAAUUAAAGGCUGCCUGUGGCAUCAUGAUUACCGCCUCACAUAAUCCUAAAGAUGAUAAUGGAUAUAAAGUAUACUGGGAAAAUGCAUGUCAGAUCAUCCCACCGCAUGAUAAAGGGAUAUCCGAAGAAAUCAACAAAAAUCUUGAACCUUGGAUAUGGGAUCCUGAACUAGUAGACAAUAGUGAAUUAUGUGUUGAUAAAACAAAAGAGGUUUCCGAUGCUUAUUUGGAAGAGAUCGGAGCAUUGGCGCGUCACAGACAAGACAAUGCCGCGUCGAAUAUCAAAAUCGUAUACACACCAAUGCACGGAGUUGGAUAUCCUGUAGCAAAAAAAGCAUUUGAGGUGUUUUCCUUAAAUCCGUUUAUACUUACUAGUCAGCAGAUUCAGGAUCCAGAUUUCCCAACCGUGAAAUUUCCCAAUCCUGAAGAAGGAGAAAGUGCUUUGGCGUUGGCCAUGCAAACAGCGGAUGAAUUUGAGGCUCGUACCAUAUUUGCAAAUGACCCAGACGCCGACAGAUUUAGUGUUGCAGAAAAGCAAAAAGACGGACAGUGGAUCAUAUUCUCGGGAAACCAAAUUGGAGUCAUGCUUGCGUCAACGGUACUAGAUAAUUAUAAAACUUCUGGCAAAUCAGUAGAAAAUCUAGCCAUGCUUUCUACUGCCGUCUCUUCAAAGAUGCUAUCAUGCAUGGCAAAGUCCGAAGGUUUCUAUUUCGAAGAAACUCUGACCGGUUUCAAAUGGUUGGGAAAUGCCGCGAUGGAAUUAAAAAAAAAAGGAUACGACGCGUUAUUUGCUUAUGAAGAAGCGAUCGGAUUUAUGAUCGGUGAUGUGGUUACCGACAAAGAUGGAAUAGGUGCCCUUGCAGCAUUUGGAGAAUUGUUAGUACAAUUGGAGAAAAGAAAUAUGAGGAUCAAUGACUAUUUGGAGGAGUUAUAUCGAAAGUACGGAUAUUUUGUGACAGAGAACUCAUAUUUUAUUUGUCAUUCUCAACCUACAAUCAACAAGAUUUUUAAUAAAAUAAGGUAUGGUGAGAAUCCGGAAAAACCAUCUGAUCCAGAUUAUCCUUAUGAAUAUCGACUUUCGUAUCCCACGUCGCUAGCUGGCCACAAAAUCACUUACAUUCGAGACUUAACAAUUGGUUAUGAUACCAGUAAACCGGAUAAAAAACCAAUAUUGCCGGUAUCCAAGAGUUCUCACAUGAUCACUUUUGGAUUGGAGAAUGGAUGCAUUGGAACGUUAAGAACAAGUGGAACGGAACCAAAGAUCAAAUAUUAUUUUGAAUUAUCAGGAACACAAUAUGAGGAUGUUAAUAAAGAGCUGAAAAGAAUAGUUAAAGGAGCGGCAGAUGAAUUAUUAGAACCUGAGAAACAUGGGUUAAUAUAUAGAGAAUGA